AUUGGAUGUAAUUUUAGGGCAAUUUGCAGGAAGGUCAGAGACAUUACGACUCAGCCUUAAGGAUCCUAGAAAAUCAAGAAAAGUCCCUUCUCUUGGCAACAGCAUAUCAAAGAAUGGGAUGGAACAUACUUCUACAAGGAAAGAACAGUGAAGCUAUACGAUAUUUCGAGAAGUCUUUGGCUAUAUCUUUAAUAUCGGGUGAAAAGUUUCAACAUGUUGCCGUCCAAUCAUUAAGCAGUAUGGGUGCAUCCUUAACAUUUUUAGGUGAAUUCGAAAAAGCUGGAAAGUACCAUUUUCAAUCCCUAAAAUGGCGCCGUAAGUUUCAAGGUGAAAACCAUCCUGGUGUAGGUGCUUGCUAUAAUAAUAUUGGUGAAAUGUAUGAUUUGAAAGGUGAUUCGAAAGAAGCUCUAGAAUACUACAGAAAGGGACUGGAAAUUAAAAUGAAGUCGAACGCUCCUGUUUUAUCGACUGUUAUUUCUCUAUGUAGUAUGGCUAAAAUGCGUCUCUCCAUGCGACAUUUCAAAGAGGCUCGUUUACUGCUAGAUCAAGGGUUUAAAAAAUUAGACGAAGAAAACUUGCCGCCGAGAGAAGCGAUAGCAUGUGCCUGCGACUUGAAAGGUAUGGUACUAAAGCAAGAGGGACUUUUUCAUGACGCGGAGAAAAUGUUUCGAAAAGCGGCCGAUCUAAGGAAUGAGAUCGCCCCAAACAAUAUACCUUAUCUUGAAAGUUUAGCUCACUUAGCAGAAAUAAAUAAGAUUCAAGGAAAAUUUACAUCUAGUAUAAAACUUGUUGAAAAGAUUUUAGAAUUAAAAGAAAAUGCAAUCGUUACUAUGCCACAAACAUUGGUUAUUGUAGACACUCUGCAGUGUAUCGCAGAUAUCUACGUUACAAAGGGUGAUACGCAGCAACACAUAGAAACUCUUAAGGAAUUGCAGUCAGAACUACUUCGUUUGGAGCGUGUGUUUCUUUCCCAACAAAAUGACAGAGACUUAAACGUAGUUAGACAGAAAUUACGACAAUUAGAAGAUAAACUCAGAAAUAUGUAGGGAAGACUGAAAUACGUAUUUAUUAAGGGUGUGAAGGGUCUGUGUCUGAUCGUUUCCAUUAAGCGUCAUUUCUCUUUAUUUUUCGACUUUCAAGAUUUUUGAGAAAAUCUAUGAUCGUAUUAUUUGAGUUUAAUACUUUUUCACAUAUUCAUAUAUUAUAUCAUAACUGCGAUUCUACGGAUAAAAAAUCAAAUAGAAUAAAUGUUGUAUGUUACUGGAAAAUAUGUCAUGAAGACUGUUUGAACACUGUAGACAUGUUUAGCCAGAGUGAAAGCUUUUGUAAACAAAGCAGUAGAUAUUUAUGUACAAAGUUAAGACGAUAGAAGGUAUGAAGAAUGUCUGAAUGCUGUAUACAUGUUUAGCAAGUAUGAAAGCUUCUGUCAACAGUGUAGUUGACAGUUAUGUAAAAUCAAACUUAUUUCGAUAGAAGAUUUAUAACUCGACAUACGUCGAUAAUUUCUUAUUUCUGAACGAAACAUAUAACUUUGAGCACUCAUUCUUAGCUAGGUCAUUUCCUAUCCGAUGAUCAUGCAUGCUUCGUUUAAUGUUUUCAAAUAUUGAUAAAAACUUGUUUGCAGAGAAUAAAAUCAUUAAAAAUGAAAACUCUGCGAGGAAACAUGUUUACCUGGAAUUAAAGGGAUUGUUUAUUUUCUGCUGUUCAUGCAUUUGUAAAUUCUGUCUUUAAUGUACACAUUUAAAGUGACAUUAUGUGCAUCUUACUGCACAUAGUGUGUUUUUGGUGAAUGUUUUAUAAAAGCAAUGCUGUGCGUUUAAAUGUGUUAAAUUAUCGAUAAUGCCGCUUAUGUAUUUGAAGUUGAUGCUUUAGAAAUAAAGAAACUGGACUACGAAAAUAAUAGUUCUUUUCUUCAAUCUUCUACACAGUCAUCUCCCUUACAUAUAGGUAGAGAUUUCUGAAGUUAAAGGGAAGCAACUCCUGCAUGCAGUUUGACUUUUCUUAAAAAGACUGCCCCAGUCAAAAUAAGAAAAGUCAUAUUUGGAAACUUAUUAUUUCAUACUGGUAACAGGAAUAGUUUGGUAUAUUGGGUUAAAAGCUAUAAUUUCCUUCACCCUUUUUACACACACAUCUAUUUCAGCUGGAUUUUAACUUGAAAAAUGCACAUAAUUUUACUUUAACACAGAUUGUAAUUAAAAGCAAUGUGUUAAAACAAUAUAAGUGUCAUGCAAAUGGUUUAAAUAGCAUAUUGUAUUACUAGAAUUUUGGAAAACAAGUAUUAUGUAAGCAAUGUCAGAAAGUAAAUAGUCUACCGAAUG